GGGCGCACGGGCAGCGCAGGGCUCCGGCGCGGGGGGCGGCGCCCGUCCCGGGGUGGGGGGGGCCUCCGGAGCAGUGGUGCCCGAGUCUGCGUCUGGCCGUGGCCGCACGACUGCGCCCCCCACACUUCCAUCCCGUUCUUAAGACGCCUCUCCUUCUCCAGGACACUCCCGCCCUGUGUCCAGGUUCCCUCCGCCUUAGGUCUCCAGGUGCCUCCACUCUCUCGGUGUCUGCGGAUCCGCGCCGGUGCCUCUCGGAGCCUUCCCCCCGGUGUCACUGGGGGGCCCCUUCCUAGCCUUGAGAGCCUACGGACUCGCCCAGGGAAGACACGGCCGGUGGCGAACUGGAACUUGGAAGAGGAGACGUCAGGGAGCCUCUGCGGAGCCUCGGGAGUGGGGCGCCCGCCUCCCCCGCCGCGCCAGCCCGGGCAGGGGCGCCAGCUUUGGGGCCCUGAAAAAUCUGCAGGCAUCGUCCAUGGAUUGUGAUUGAGGCGGGCGGCUCUCCCAGCAGCCCUGAGCUACAUAGGUAAACUGAGUUACAGACAGAUGAAGUGUGUGGUCCGGGAUCACAGGCUAGAAAGUGGCUGAGCCUGGUGAGGGAGUCCAAUCAUCCAUCAAGCUGUGGAGCUAAACCUAAAAUUGUCUCUCUAAAAAGAAUUCUGAAGCAAAAGGCCCCCAGCCAGAGGCAUGUGGCUGCCGCGCGUCUCCAGCACGGCGGUGACCGUGCUCCUGUUGGCGCAGACCUGCAUCCUGCUUUUCCUGGUCUCCUGGCCCAGGCCGCCGUCCCCAGCCGGCGGCAAAGAGCGGGUGCACGUGCUGGUGCUGUCCUCGUGGCGCUCGGGCUCGUCCUUCGUGGGCCAGCUCUUCAGCCAGCACCCCGACGUCUUCUACCUGAUGGAGCCCGGGUGGCACGUGUGGACCACCCUGUCCCAGGGGAGCGCGCCGGCGCUGCACAUGGCUGUGCGCGACGUGGUGCGCUCCGUCUUCCUGUGCGACAUGGACGUGUUCGACGCCUACCUGCCGUGGCGCCGCAACCUGUCGGACCUCUUCCAGUACGCCGUGAGCCGCGCGCUGUGCUCGCCCCCCGCCUGCAACGCCUUCCCGCGCGGCGCCAUCAGCAGCGAGGCGGUGUGCAAGCCGCUGUGCGCGCGGCAGCCCUUUAGCCGGGCCCAGGAGGCCUGCCGCGCCUACAGCCACGUGGUGCUCAAGGAGGUGCGCUUCUUCAACCUGCAGGUGCUCUACCAGCUGCUCAACGACCCGGCGCUCAACCUGCGCAUCGUGCACCUGGUGCGCGACCCGCGGGCCGUGCUGCGCUCGCGCGAGCAGACCGCCAAGGCGCUGGCGCGUGACAACGGCAUCGUCCUGGGCACCAAUGGCACAUGGGUGGAGGCCGACCCCGGCCUGCGCGUGGUGCGCGAGGUGUGCCGCAGCCACGUGCGCAUCGCCGAGGCCGCCACUCAGAAGCCGCCGCCCUUCCUGCGAGGCCGCUACCGCCUGGUGCGUUUCGAGGACCUGGCGCGGGCGCCGCUGCCCGAGAUCCGCGCGCUCUACGCGUUCGCGGGCCUGAGCCUCACGCCGCAGCUGCAGGCCUGGAUCCACAACAUCACGCAUGGGUCCGGGCCCGGCGCGCGCCGCGAGGCCUUCAAGACCUCGUCCAGGGACGCGGUCAAUGUGUCCCAGGCCUGGCGCCACGCGCUGCCCUUCGCCAAGAUCCGCCGCGUGCAGGAGCUGUGCGCCGGCGCGCUGCAGCUGCUGGGCUACCGGCCUGUCUCCUCCGAGAGCGAGCAGCGCGACCUCGGCCUGGACCUGGUGCUGCCGCGCGGCCCUAGCAGCUUCAGCUGGGCGUCCUCCACGGACACACACCCCUAACCUUAGCAGACGCCCCCAGUUGCAGCGCUGGGGAGGGAGCUGGGCACGCGGGGCGCACGCCGCUUGUUGGAGGGGCCAGGAGCUUGAGUCCUCGGUAGUAUGAAUGGACUGGGUCCCCAGAGCUCGUGUUUCUUCUUGCUUCUGAAUUUUUUGAGUCUUCCUCAGCAGCUGGGUUCCCAUCGGGCGCACACUUCAUGGAAAACUGUGUCUGCCCCUUCCUCUGCGUGCAGGGAAUAAGCGCAGAUGACCUGGCUGCUCCUCCGUCGCUUUCUUCCUAAGUUUCUUUUCCUAUUGGAGGCGUCAUCCAGCAACGGAGAAGGGGUUCCCAGCCCUUCCUGGGAGUAGAGAGAGGCACUGUGGUGAGCUGGCCCUCAUUCCUGACUUUGUUCCCCCGUGUCCCACCACCACACUCAAUCAGAGCUGUUGGCGUUUAUAUUCACUUGGUACUUUCAGAAAGAAAUCAGACAAGAUGCUUCUUACCUCGUGGUCUCCCCGUAGCCUCUCUCUGCCCCAUCUCCUGGGAGCCCACAUGCCCCCAUUGCCUUCCCAGUUAACCUGGGGUGAACGUUUGAUUUGUCCUGACAGUAAUGGUCCUACCCACAGAAAUAGACAUCAUAAUUAAACUUGUGAUGCUAGACUUCA